ACGCAUUGUGGUCGGACGUCGACAAGGUCGGUCUUAGCACACCUUGUCUAAUAUUUAAAGCCCAUAUUAUCACAUUUGUAAGACAAAAUUCAUUCGAGUGUCAGCUUUCCGAUUUGUCCGCUAGAUGUCGCAUAUUUUGAUUUAUGGAAGUUAUUUAAAUUUGAAUGGUUUUCACUAUCCAGAAAUUUCAACCUACCCAGAUUAUAUUACGUGAAAAACAAUGGCGUCAACGCAAGUAGUUUCCCUUAAUAUUGGACAAAUGAAGCGAGUGCACUUCCCAACUGAAGGUGAUGACAGGCCUGUGGAGAAUAUACCCCACUUUGUGAGUCCAAAAAAAAUGGUAAAGCCUACAAACAGUCAACGUAAGAGAAGUCUGAGUCUUACAUUUGAAAGCAAGCAGCAUCAUUUCAAGAGGAGACGCAAAGAUGAGUUUGUGAGACCAACAAAGUUUCUGCUUGGAGGCAACAGCAGAGAUCCAUUAAACUUGGGAAGUCUAGCAGAUGAAAGAAUUAACCGAGCUUUGAAUGAACAUACUCCAGAAUCCUCACCUCUACCUACCCCUAAGCACCGAAAGGAAGAAAUUGAAGUAUUAAUUCCAUCUAAUAUAAGGGAUCCAUUAAAUUUGAAUAUGCCAGAUGAUGAUUUAGCGGAAAGAGCAUUGAUUUCUCCGAAUGCAGUGAUGAGGAAAAAGCGAGGGCGAAACCGCAAACGAAGGAGAACGAACAGUGCUAGUGAAGUGCUAGAUGCUCGAAGAAAUUCACCUGAGUUAAGAACGCUCACAUUGGAUCUUCCUGUGGUUAAGCCAGUUGCCGUACAGGCAGCAGAAAACCAUGUUGCAGCCGAAACAAAACCAGAAAACUCUAUUAGUACGCGAGAAUUCAAAGAUUUAAAGCUGAAAACAGAAGCGAUCAGGCAUUGCAGGCGGCCGGAUGACAAAAUAGUUAGCCCUGUAGUUCCACAACCUGGAGCUAGAAAGCGAUGUGGAUUUUUUCCAAGAUCUCUUUCAAAAGAGUCUACUGCCAAAACUCAAAGUCAGCGCCCGUUUUCUCGAUGCCCUUCAAGAGAAAGUCAAAUGGCCGGAAGCAGCCAAUUAAAUAAUAAUUCUGAACAGUCUUGUUCAAGUCAGAACGUAAAAGAGGUUAAACGGUUUCAGUAUGGAAAUUACGAUAGGUAUUAUGGUUAUCGCAACCCCAACUGCGAAGACCUGCGACUCCGUUCGUUCUGGCGUGAGUGGUUCGAAGACAAAGACGUCUUGGAUAUUGGAUGCAAUGCAGGACACGUGACACUUUGCGUGGCUCGUGAUUUCAAUCCAAAACAAAUCGUUGGAAUUGACAUUGACCCCAAAUUGAUAGCAAUUGCUCGCAAGAAUAUAAAAACUUACUCUGGCUCCCAUCCGAAUGAACGUCAAUUCCCAGUUUCCAUGCCACUCAUGUACGGAUCCAUACCAAGCACCAGUUCAUCUGCCGCAUCAUCCCGCUUUCCCGACAACGUUUCUUUCGUCCAGGGGAAUUACGUACCCGAAAGCGACGAAUUUCUUCAAAUGGUUCAACCAGAAUAUGAUGCUAUUCUUUGUCUUUCCGUCACGAAAUGGGUACAUCUCAAUUGGAAAGAUGCUGGACUGAAACGUUUUUUCCACAGAAUUUUCGCCCAUUUACGACCAGGAGGAAAAUUGGUACUUGAGGCGCAAGGUUGGGCAUCUUACAACAAGAGAAAAAAAUUAACGGAAACUAUUGCUGCAAACUAUGCGGCUAUUCAACUAUAUCCUGAGCGGUUUCCUGAUUAUCUACUUUCGCAAGUAGGGUUCUCUACUUGCGAAGAAAUAGCAACCCCACAUCAUGCUGCUAAAGGCUUUCGGCGACCCAUUCACGUUUUCACAAAACCUAUAAGUAGUUGUCCUACAACGCCAAAAGACAAUGUUGGGUGAGUAGUAACUGAAAUAUCUCCCAUUUUCUAUUGUUAGCCAGGAUCUUCAACGAUUGUACAGUUUUUUUUCUUCGUUCUUGAAUCGCUUUUGCUUAUCCAUUACACUCUUUGGCAAGUAUUCAGUAUAUUCCUUUCGAAUUUUCGAGAUCUCUGGUGUGUCCUAUUCCUGUUCCAAUUUCUUUUCACCUUUCAUUUUUUUGCAGCACCUUGAUCACGCCACUUCCUAGUUUCAUUUCCUCAGUAAGAUUUUCAUUAUUGGAUGAAUUCAGUUGGAUUGGUGUGAUACGUUAGCACAAGAAUGUACAGUCAAUUAUAUUUUAUAAUAAAAGACUGUUAAAUCAGACUAAAAUAAUA